CUUACAACCUAGACUUCCAGUAAUGCCAUCUCAGAAGCAGAUCUUACAUCACAUCAGAGCCAAACAUUGAUAACAAGCCUCAUGACGUUUAGGCAACACGUACAACUAAGUGCUAAGUUAAUAUCUUGUAGAAAAACCUACAUAAUGUCAAAAAAGCCACCAUAAUGUCAAAAUGUCAAAAAAGCGGCAUAAUGUCACUUUUCAAGAUUUCAAGAUACGUGAUACCCGUCCGAAAUCAUCUCUCAUCUCUAGAACUGUCAUCUAUCGUAAAACUAACCUCACUUUUUGUAUUUACCAUAACUUCUUUUCUUCAAUUUUCAGCGUCCGUUUGUUUAUAAAAACAUUUGUUACCAAAAUAUCAUAGAAGCCUAAUAAUAAUGUAUUCAGUCCUUUUAAAAAAGGAAAAUGCACACGACGAAGCUAUAUGGAGCUGUGCCUGGGGCAGAUACAGUAGUGAAAAAAAGAAAAAGAAUGAAAAUGAAGAAAAUCAGGAUGAGAAGUCUAGAGAUUCCAUCAUGUCUGAUGAGCCUCCAAUAGACUACAUAGUUACUGGAGGGGUGGAUGAUCUAGUUAAAGUUUGGGAACUCCAGGAUGACCGACUCGUACUUAAACAUAAGCUGGAGGGCCAUUCCCUGGGUGUAGUCUCGGUUGCAGUAAGCAAUAAUGGAAAACUGUGUGCUUCAAGUUCUCUGGAUUCCAGUAUGAGGUUAUGGGACUUGGAAAAGGGAGAAAAAAUUACAAAUAUUGACGUUGGUCCACUGGACCUAUGGACAGUUGCAUUUAGUCCUGAUGAUAAGUAUAUUAUUUCUGGUUCUCAUGCUGGGUUGAUAACAGCAUACAGUGUAGAAACUACAAAAGCUGAACACACAUUUGGGAGCAGAGGAAAGUUUACAUUGAGUAUAGCUUAUAGUCCAGAUGGAAGAUACAUUGCCAGUGGUGCACUGGAUGGUAUCAUCAACAUAUUUGAUGUGCAUUCAAAUAAAUUGUGGCAUGCCUUGGAAGGACAUGCCAUGCCUAUAAGAUCUCUUUGCUUUUCUCCAGAUUCUCAGCUUCUAUUGACUGCCUCAGAUGAUGGACACAUGAAACUUUAUGAUGUGCAACAUACAACAAAUGUCGUAUGGGCAUUAUCAGGCCAUGCAUCUUGGGUACUCAGUGUAGCUUUCUCACCAGAUGGAAAAUAUUUUGCUUCUGGCAGCUCUGAUAAAACUGUAAAGGUGUGGGAUGUUGCUUCAAAACAGUGUAUACAUACCUUCAAGGAACAUAAUGACCAGGUUUGGGGUGUCAAGUACAGUCCAGAUGGCAGCAAAAUAAUGUCUGUAUCUGAAGACAGGAGUAUCAAUAUUUACAGUUGCCCACCAUAGUAUUAAGUUUAUAUUUAUGUGACAAUAAAGUGAUUUUUGUAACAUUUCUUUUUAAGUACAAACAAAAAA